CCCCCUUUCCCAUCGUUUGUCCCCGUCCUCCUUUCCCUGCGCAAGCCAACAAGCCCCAUCGGCACAGCUCAAUCCGGCUCCUAAAGUUGGUGAGGGGCAUCGUCUGAUCGGGAAUGACUUGUGUGCGGGGCAUUGCCGUCUCAAGAUUGUCACAAUGAGCCUCAAUCUGCCUCUCCGGCCGUCUGUCUCGAGCCGAAGGAACCAAGACAGCAGGAAUUAUUUCACGACCAAUUCGCCCCUGUCCUCGACCGAGGCUAUCAAUGGCCCCGUGCGGGAGCCUGCGCGGGAGCCCGCGCCGAUCAGCGACCGUCUCAUUGUCGGCGUUGAUUUCGGGACCACCUUCUCCGGAGUGGCUGCGGUAUACACAUCAACACCAGAUGACGUCGAGAUCAUCAAGUCGUGGCCCGGUGGGAACGGUAUCACGUCGGACAAGGUCCCCACCGAGAUAUCAUAUGACCUGGCCCCCAAUGCGCCGUCCGGGACCGAGCCUUCUGUGAAAUGGGGCUUCCAGUUCAGGCCGGAGGAGUCGAGGCUUCGCUGCAUCAAGCUCUUCCUCGACCGGUCCCAGAAGCUCCCGUUCUACGUAAGCCCCCUGGAGACGGCCGCGCAGCUGAAGAUGUUCGGCAAGACCGUCGUCGACGCGGUUAGCGACUACCUCACGCAGAUAUACAAGCACACCAUGGACACCCUGACCCGGAGGUACGGCGAGUCCUUCAUGGCAUCGACGAAAGUCGAUUUUGUGCUGACCUGCCCGGCUGUCUGGUCGGACGCGGCAAAAAACACGACCUUGCAAGCCGCCGAGAUGGCCGGCAUGGGGGCGAAAUCGCAGAUCCAGAUGAUCAGUGAACCCGAGGCUGCUGCCGUCUACACCCUCAAGGCCAUCCAGCCAAACCACUUGAGCAUUGGCGACAACUUUAUUGUCUGUGAUGGGGGCGGAGGGACAGUAGACUUGAUUGCUUACAAGAUAAUAUCUCUGAAGCCCCUUCGGGUCGAAGAGUCGGCUGUCGGGACCGGUGGCCUCUGUGGGAGUGCGUUCCUCAACUACAGGUUCGAAGAGCACGUCCGAACCCGACUCGGGCCGAGCCGAUUUGACGAGAUGAAGGUCAAAAAAGGGAAGACGUGGCAGAUGGGUCUCCGCUACUUUGAGGAGUUUGUCAAGAGAAACUUCAAUGAGGACGAGCACCACGAGAUCAACAUUCCCUUCCCCGGGUUGCCAGACGAUGAGGAAGUUGGCCUGGACUCGGGCUUCCUGGUGAUGACGGCGGCUCAGGUCAAGGACAUAUUCGAGCCGGUCGUAAAGGAGGUCUGCGAUCUCGUCCAAGGACAGGUGGACGGCCUGCGGGCAAAGGGAGGCAUCAUUUCGGGCAUCAUUCUUGUCGGAGGCUUUGGACAGAGUGAUUAUCUCUAUAAUCGGCUCAAGACACACUUCGCAAGCGCGGCGCCACCUCCGUACAGCGAAAGACCCACACACUCCAACGCAUCGCUCCUACCGGAGAACGACUCGAUAGAGGUUAUGCAGCCCGUGUAUGCCUGGACGGCCGUCGUCCGCGGGGCCGUCCUGAGGGGCCUCGAAGGCAACAUGGUCAUCUCCCGAAAGGCGCGAAUGCAUUACGGAACAUCAUACGCGACUGUAUACGACGAGGAGAAGCACUCGGUCAGUGAGCGGUAUUGGUCUCCUCUGUGGGAGAGAUGGAUGGUAUCCGACCGCAUGCAGUGGCACAUAGCCAAGGGAGAGGCAAUCUCACCACUUAGCCCGAUCGCGUUCCAUUACACACGCAACUUCCGGCCGGGCCAGUCGCUUCUCGUCACCGACGAUUUGAUCGCGUGUGAAGCCGACGAACCGCCGGCCGCGUACUCGCGCGACCUCGUUCACGUGUGCACCCUCACCACGGACCUCAAUGCAGUCCCGAGGAGCCUAUUCACGCGCCUCACCACGACGAGGGGCGUCGAGUUUGACAACCUAGACUUCACGCUCGAGAUGAUUGUCGACAGCGCCGGCUUGGGCUUCGAGCUGAAGGUCGACGGGGUUCGAUACGGUCGGGUGGAAGCCGAGUUUCACUGAAUGGGCUUCACCCUAGUAGGCAGGUGCCUGAGGCGAGGCAUUAUGAGGAGCGACGGGGGGAGGGGGCAGGGGGGUUGCGCCAGAGGUUGGGCUAGUGUCAGCGGCCCAUCACAACGUAGGCUUAGGUGUGAAACGGUGAGAGGUCUCCCUGGACAGCAAGCGACGAGGCGUUUUCCUGGGGCCAGUCCAAAUAAUACCAUUUUACUAAGUAGGUAGGUACAUAUGUACGGGUUAAUAGGCGUGCUGCAGCAAUCCCACGGAUAUAUGCACGUACAUAUAUAUAGGUACCUCAGGCAUGAGCUGCACGGGCAGACAGGGAAUCCCGGAUUUUGUGAGACUCAGUGCAGUUAACA